AUGGAGGCAAGCAGCUGCGCAGCACUCGAUUUUGCUGCCAUCCAGCGCCGCAAGACGACCGACUACUUGGCUGUCAUCGCCGAGGCCGCUCAUGCCCCACCGCAAGACUUUUGGGAGGUGGUUGUGGUGACGGCUGCGGACCAGGACCAGAAGCGCUUCUACGAGUGCCAGCUCGACGAAAGGCGGCAGCAGGGCUCCAUCCCCUCCCACGUCAAGUACCUCGUGGUCGAGGAUCCGCCGGGCGACAAGAUCGGCUGCGGCGGUUCGACCAUGCACGUGCUCCACCUGCUCGACGAGCUCUACGGCCCUCAGCUCUAUCAGCUGAAGGUCCUGAUCAUCCACGCGGGCGGCUACAGCAAGCGACUCCCCAACCACAGCGCCACCGGCAAGAUCUUCGCCUCCGUGCCCUAUUCCCUUGUGGAGGGCGGUCCGGGGUGCUCCAUGCUGGAACUCAAGUUUGUGAUGUUCAUCGACUUCCCGCGCAACAUGAAGUCGGGCGUGUUCAUCUCCUGCGCCGACGACAUCGAACUCUUCGAGUCCACAGGCUGCAAUUUCCACAACGCGGGCUUCACCGCGAUGUCGCACCCGGCCGAGGCCGAGAUCGGCCUCACCCACGGCGUGUUCGUGCUGGAGAAGAACCUCUCCGAUGAGGUGUCCUCCAAGAGCCUCACGCCCAGCUCUGAUGAUGACGCCGCCAGCCUCCUCCCCGUGCACUCCUGCCGCCGCUUCCUGCACAAGCCGUCCAUGGAGCUCAUGAAGCAGGCCGGCGCCUUCCUGUCCAACCAACAGGUGAUGGUGGACAGCAACUUUUUCUUCGACACGAAUGUGGCCAAGUCGCUGCUGCAGUACUACCGAAGCGUCAAACCCCUGCGCUGCGAGAUCGACGCCUAUGGCGACUUCAUGCAGCCUCUGGGAAGCGAGGCCGAAGACAGCUAUCUCACGAACACGAGGAAUGUGAGCGUGGUCACCGACUCUCUGGCCACCGUGCGCAGGCAGCUCUAUGAGCUGCUCAAGGGCACUCAGCUGAACGUCAUCCCGUUCAUCCCGUCCCUCUUCAUCCACAUCGGCACCUGCCAGGAGUACCUCGACCACUUCUGCGUCAACCUACCCAAGCUGGGCUUCAGUCGCCACGUCUUCAACGCUGGCCUCCCCAGCACGCUGCACUGCAUCUUCGGCGACGACGUGCGCGUGAGCGAGAUGUCGGUGGUCGAGUACUGCCGCCUCCCUCGCACCCAAUCCACCGUCGGCAGCCGCUGCAUCCUCAAGUACUGCGCCACUGACCUGCAGGCCGAUGAGGCCACCGAGGUGCAUAUCCCCGGCGACUUGAUCAUGCAGACGCUGCCCUGCCAGCUGCCCGCGGCCGACGCGGCGACGCAGCCGACAAAGGGGUGGAUCACCUCCUUCUUCGGCAUCAACGACGACUUCAAGAAGACCGCCGCCACGCCGGCCCAGGCCGCCGCCUCGCUGCAGCUUCGCGGCGUGCCGCUGGGCACCGUGGCCGCGCAGCUAGGCCUCGCCGACGCCACCACGCUCUGGCCGCCGGGCGAGCAGCACUGCAGCGUCUGGAAUGCGAGAGUGUUCCCGGUGGCGAGUACGCCCGAGGAGUCGCUGCGCCUGUCCCUCGCCGUGGUGGCCUCGCUCGUCCAGCCCGAUCGUACUCGGGCGGUGGUGGGCGCGACCGAGACGGGCCAGGCGCGGCUGUCGUGGGAGGAGGCCCUCAAGUGCAAGGACAUGCCCGCCCUCGUGCUCAAGCGAUCGCGCCACCUGCAGGCCAUCGUCGCCGCCCGCCAGCAACACUAG